UUCAUCGCAGCUCAUCACCGCUGCUUUCAACGCUCUUGUUUGCUUUAUCGGAAAAUCUUCUAUCUGUCUCGAUUUCUAUGUCGAUGUCUAUUAGCUUUGUUGAGGACCGGAAUAUCAAGAAGCGGGUCCGGUAUGAGGACUCCGACGAGUUGGACUCCCCCGAGGUGAAGCGUCUCCGGGAGAACCUUCUGGAUUUCCUCGACGACUCCGAUCCCGAUGCGACCAUUCAGGACCUUGCCUCCGUCAUGAAGAGCUUCGAGGAAGAGAUAUCUCCGGCUUCUUCGUCGCUGGUGCCGGUUGUUGACUUGACUUCUGAUUCCGGCGAGUCCCAACCGGAGCUGGGUUACCUUCUUGAAGCCUCUGACGACGAGCUUGGCCUGCCACCCUCGGGUAGUUCUUCCGGGGAGGAAGUGCAGAAUCUGGAGACCGACUUGAUUCGUGUCCCGUUUGACACGUCUGGUGUCGGCGAGUUGUGGGGGUUCGAGGAUCAGAUCCCGAAUUACGACGCGUUCGAGUUCGGUGUGGGAGAUGGGUAUGGGAUCACCGGCGAGUACGUGGCGUUUGAUGGGGGGCUGUUCGAGUACUCCGAUCUGUAUUACGAAUCUUCCGAUUUUUCCGAUCCCUCGUGGCGGCACGGAACUUUGCCAGCACAAUAAACCCAAAAAAAAAGAUAAAAAAAGAAAAAGAAAAAAGACUACCGAUUGAAUAUACAGGGCCCCGAUGAUGUAAAUUUUGUUUUUGUUUUUAUUUUUUUUAACUUCUCUUAUUAUUAAAAGAAGCUAAAGGAAAAUACGUAGGGUUAGGAUGAUAUGAAAAAAAUGCAUUAAUUCGUGAAA